AUGAUACGAUUGAGAAAGGUAUCCCUUUUGAACGACAUCCGAAAGAAUCGUGCUCCACUCUAUUAUUGGUCUCUUGGUGCUGGUCUCAUUACAACAGUAUCUUUUAUUACAUUUGGUUAUUUUUAUUAGUAAGUAUAAAUGAUUAAAAAUUGAUUCAUUGAAUUAUUGUUUUUUUUUUCUUUCAAGUUCCUAUCGGAUCAGACAAAGAACGAAAGAAGGUAUUAAAAAAGGUGAAGUAGAACCCAUGCAGACAAGUAAACGGUUAAAACGCUGUUUCAACACGUUUAGAUAAAAAAAUGCAGAAAAAAAUGCUUUAUAACUCGUUCAGGUGAUGUAUCAAAAAGCUGAACUGGUUAAAACGGGUUUCCUCUUGUAUAAACAGGUUUUAACGCAUUCAGUAGACAAAAAUGAUAAUUUAAUCCGUUUUAAUGCAGGAAUCAAUCCGUUCUUAUGCAUUCAUGAAUACAAAAUAGAAUCAAUGAAUGGUUGCUCGUUGAAACUUGGUUAUAGUUCUUUUUUCUAAUAACAAUGGGUUUUAAUAAUUAGAUCAGACAUCUUACAACGUAGUUAGAAUGAAAACAUUAAUCAUCUUGUUAAACAGAAAGAAUAUAAGCUUUUCUGUGCUAGAACGAAGAUUAGGAAAUUGAAAAAAAAAACUUUGAUUUACCAAAAGGUGAAAAGUUCAAAUCAGUUCCAUAUCUAAAAGCAAACUUUUACAUCAAAAAUAUAUAACGACAAACUUCGGUUGAUAAUCCACAGAGUAUAUUUGUACAUCGAUAGACAUGAUCUUUUAUAGACAAAGUAUCUACUGUUCAGCAUAACAUGACGAGAGAGAGUUCAUUAUUGUCGAUGAAAUAAAUAACAGUUUCUAAAACUUCGAUGUGUUGGCAUAUCAUUCCUAUCAUAUAGAAUAUCGCCAUCAUGUAUUGAACGAUAAACAUGGAUAGAAUCAACUGAAUACUGUAUUUAUAUUUUUCGUGAAGAGAGAGAAAAACAGAGAGCUAGAUAAACGCAAUACAUUAGAAGAAAUUAUAAAAGAUUAUGAAUAUAUUCAUCCUCUCUUUUAUUCAUUUACUUUGUUCUUCAUUCAUUCGACAUAUAUCCUUCUCAUUUAUUAAUACAUAUGUUCAUGAAAAAAUUCUAAUUCACUAUUCUAUCUGCUAUCUGUUAUGCUAGUUAUUUUUAUCAACAUUCGUUUGCAUUUAUUCUUCAUUUAAUGUCAUUCUUAAUAAUAAACGAGUCAGCUGAAUCUGAAAGUUUCAAUUUCAAGUAAAAGAUAUUAUUCAGUAGAGCAAUUCCUUAAAGGUUCACAUUUUCAUCCGCUCUUUUUCAGUUAAUUUCUCAUUGCUGCUCAAAUCCUUAUAUAUCGUUUCAAUGACAAACACAUUUAUGGAUUAAAGCUUAAGUAAAAUACUAAAGAUAGAGGAAAUAAUAUACAUGAUAAAUCAAACGAAUCUUUCAAGUUUUUAUCGAUAAGUUACUACAUUAUUACUAAAAGAUAGUAAACAAAAGAAUACUUCAUAUGGAUAAAAGACCUGAAUAUUAGUUCAACUAUAUCUUUUUUUUUGAUCCUAUCGAUUUCUUAGAAAUAUUUUGGGGUCUGAAUAACUUUUGUCAUUGAAAUGAUAUAUAAACUGUCUAGUAAUAAACAGAGAAUAAUCAAGUAUAUGCAAGAUCGUAAAGAAGAGAUUUCUAUUUUUAGAUGUUUAAUUCGUUGUGUUAGUAACUUAUAUGGAUAGUCCUAUUAUAUCAGAAUAUUUGUUAACGUACGAAUUGCUUUUCUAACUCCAUUAUUUGACUUAAAGAAUAUAUAUUGAAAUAACCCAAUAAACUAGGAUCGUGUUUAAGAUUCGUGAAGAAUGACUACAGCUCGUAUAAUUUGAUGUUAGAAUCACCAGUAAGAUACGAUGUUCUCUAAUAAAUGACAGACUCCAUAUAACAUCGAUCAAUAAAAAAGAAUCAAAGAUUUAAGAGCAUGGAAAAAUCGUAUAAUUUCAUUCUUUUCUAAGAAAUAAAUUCAUUACCAUGCGGCUAUCAAUAAUCAAACAGUAAUUUUCGAGUGAAAUUUAUUUAAUGUUU